CUCAUCCUAGUCAUGUGCAAGCGAAAGCCGUUAUAAUUUGUAAUGUUUUUUAAAACCCUUCUCUCUCUCUCUCUCUCUCUCCGGUUUUUCUUCGUGUCUGAGAGGAAGAAAAAGAAGAGGGCCUUCUGCGAUGCAGGUGAGCCAGGGAGCGACGCUGCUUGCCCUGGCGCUGUGGGUGCUCUGCUCGCCGGCACUGAGCACAGAAGGCAAACGGAAGCUGCAGAUUGGCGUCAAGAAGCGGGUGGACAACUGCCCCAUCAAGUCCCGCAAGGGGGAUGUGCUCCACAUGCAUUACACGGGAAAGCUGGAAGAUGGGACGGAGUUUGAUAGCAGCCUGGCUCGCGAUCAGCCGUUUAUCUUCUCCUUGGGGACUGGACAAGUCAUUAAAGGCUGGGAUCAGGGCCUGCUUGGGAUGUGCGAGGGGGAGAAGAGGAAGCUGGUGAUUCCCUCUGAGCUGGGUUACGGGGACCGGGGUGCACCACCCAAGAUCCCAGGUGGCGCAACCCUAAUCUUUGAAGUGGAGCUGCUGAAGAUUGAGCGACGGCAGGAACUGUAGCGACAUCUCUUUGGGAGAGGGGGCACGUGGGGAGGGGAGGUAAUCUUAAUGGACUCAGGACUUGUUGACGUUGAUGGGCCAAAUAAAAGCACAGACCAGAGUU